CUCUUUUUCGUCUCCGGCUGUCCCACACUCCAAACUUGACUCGACCCUCUUCUCUCCUCGACUCUUCCCACGCCUUUUGUCUUCUCCUGUCUUGUCUUCAAAUCCCGCCGACACCCCAUAUCACCUGCAUUGCGACCCCAUCGAUUGGUUCGCCCACUACGAAUACACUGCACGGGUUACCGUGGACGGUUUUUGAAUACUUGGUGUUAAUCGAACGACCAAGUGUCCCUGUGGAGAGGGAUUUCGAUAUAGAAACUACGAAACUUGACUACAAUUCUCAAUACUCUCAUCGCCGGAUCUCAGGAAAAGAGGCCCGUAAAGCCUCAAAAACACAUCAUGUCCGGAUUCAACGGCCGUCGGGCCCCCAACUUCUCCCAAUAUCUCGAUGAUUUGAAUGCUAUUCCUUCGCCAUACGAUCAGGCCCUUCAGCAGCAACAUCAAGAUUCAUACAACCUCGAGGAUGAACUGUCGCUCUUCACCAAUACCGAAUUCUUCGAUUUCGACAAGUUCGGCGAUCUCAAUCUGCCCAACUUUGACUCGCUGGAGGACAACACAGUCAAGAAGGAAACAGCGCAAGAUGCCAGUUCUGACAUGGACUUUUUGAACAUUCUGGGAGAAGGCUUCGGCAACGUCAACGACAUUUCCUCUACCAUGAACUCCAUCAAUACCCAACCUUUGCCCGUCCAGAACACACAGUACUCUGCAGUUCCGUCCCUGCCGAACGGUCCUCUUAACAUCAACCCUGCUCCCAGCCAGUCGGCUUCUCAUCCCUCCCCGCAGUCCUCGAUCACAUCUCCGCCGUCCGCGGCUGCCACCCCCGCCCCGGCUCCGACUACCACCGCCCCCGCAUCAGGACCUAAGCGCAAGAACACUCAGAAGACCCCAGCUAUGAGCGUAGAGGAGGCCGCGCGCAUUGCCGCUGAAGAAGACAAGCGUCGCCGCAACACCGCCGCGAGCGCCCGCUUCCGCGUGAAGAAGAAGAUGCGUGAGCAAGCUCUCGAGAAGACCGUCAAGGAGACCACCGAGAAGAACACUGCGCUGGAGGCCCGCGUCACGGCUCUGGAGCUGGAAAACCAAUGGCUCAAGAACCUUAUCACCGAGAAGAACGGUCAAACCUCGGAAGAGGCCAAGAAGUCGGAGAGCGACAUCGCCGCCAUGUUCAAGAAGUUCCUGGCUUCUCAACAGCAGAAGGAGACCGAACGGAGUAGUUCCGAGUCCAAGAUCGGUGUGGGCACUGCCUAGACUCGAAACCUCGUGUUACCUUUUUCUUGCUUGGUCUUUGAGCUUUGUAGAUGAUGUUUAUGCAGAGUCGCAGAUUCUCCCAUCAUUUUUUUUUUUACUUCCCACUUUCUAUUUUUUUUUUUAUCUUCUUUCUUAUAUCUAAUGGUGUACAUGAGGGGAUGGCGUCGCGGUGCAAGGAAAUACCUAGGCUCGUCGGUGGCAUGAGUGAUGUUUACGAAGUACAAAUUUCGAUCUAAACAGAUCAGAUCAGGAAGCUGUUGUGCAUACCACACACAGCGCCUGUUUCUAAAAAGCAUGACAAUGAAAAGAAACAUUGACAAUCAGUUAUAACAUCUUCACAUUUCCGUACAUUAUGCAUACUCCGCCCACUAAGUAGUUGUGGCUCCCACCCACUACUAUCAAGUCCC